AUGCCUUCACCUAUGCUAAGAACUGCCCUACCUCCAGUCCCCCUCACAGAAUCUGAGGCAGACUCUAUGCAUGAAAGCCACCCAAGCGAGGACACCACCCCCCCCCCUACCGUUAAUGAUGAUGAAGUGAUGCUGGACUUCUCUCCCCCUCGCACUACCCCCACCUCCACCCCAACCACCCCCAAACCUAGACCUGCCAACCCCUCUCCUCCCUCUGAGGAAGAAAUGCUCCAUGCCUACCUCAUGGUAGCAGAAACCAACAGGUCUAUCAUAAAGUCCACCAGUGCAAACUCCAUGUCAGCCAUCCCACAGUUCACGCCUGCCCCACCAGGCGGCUUUCCACACAUUCAUUUAGCACAUGCAGUGCAACUAUUUGACUUCCAAGCUGCUAAGGUCAUCACCACCUGGUUGAAAGUGCCCUACCCCAAAGUCCUAAUCAGAGUCUUUGACCAUGAUGGUGUGAUGAUCAUACCGGUGCUAGGUGUGUAUGAUCAAUAG